UUUCUUUUUUUUUUAUUUUAAUUGGCAACGUAGUUGCGCGUGCCUCCCCUUUAGAUAACGGUUCUUUUGAUUUUUCAUAGAAAAACAGUCGUGGCUAUACUUGAAUUAUAAUUUAUAAUUCUACUGACAUUUGUAGUAAAAAUAAAAAGAAAAUGAUGGAAGAAGAGAAACCGACUACUCUUAGACUUCAACCGCCAAAGCAAAAUAUAGUCGAUGCAUAUGCAGCACCGACUAAUUUUUUGGAAAUCGAAGUGGUAAAUCCUCUUUGUCAUGGAUUUGCUCGAAAACGAUAUACAGAUUACGAAAUACGAUUAAAUACAAACUUGCCUGUAUUUAAACUAAAGGAUUCAAGUGUACGUAGAAGAUACAGUGACUUUGAAUGGUUGAGAAAUGAACUUGAAAGAGAUAGCAAGAUUGUUGUCCCUCCUCUCCCUGGUAAAGCAUGGAAAAGACAACUUCCCUUAAGAGGAGAUGAUGGAAUAUAUGAUGAAGAAUUUAUUGAAGAUAGAAGAAAAGGCUUAGAAGGCUUCAUUAACAAAGUUGCUGGUCAUCCUUUGGCUCAAAAUGAACGCUGCCUUCAUAUGUUUCUACAAGAUCCAACAAUUGACAGAAAUUAUGUUCCUGGUAAAAUUAGAAACACGUGAGAAUUUUUUUACGAAGAAAAAAUGACAUUCUACUGUAAAAAGUCCUAUGAUUCAAGAAGUUGUGUAUUCUUUUUGGCGGGACAGUGUAUUUUCUAUUUUUUUUUUCUUUGGAAAUAUAAUUCUUCAUGGAGACAUAAGUUUUAUUUGGCGUUUAUGAAAUUGUUGCUGUUAAUAAUAUUUUUAUGAACUUUACAAAAAAGGAAUUGUUUAUUUAUACAGCUGUGCUAAUUUAUUUAGCUAUCUAAAAAAAUCUCACUGAUAUUUGUGAACAUUCCAUAAAAUGAUGAAAAAAGAUCUUACAACUUUAUCCUUUUUUUUUUUAUGAUUGCAUGCUAUUCUGAAACAUAAGCAAUUACCUAUUUAUUUGUGUGAAAGAAUGUUGUCCAUUAAAAUGUUAAAAUGUGUUGCUAAAAUAUAAAAUAUAUUUAUUCAUAAAGUUUUUGUCUGCCUGCAUAACAGUUCUUUUUUAUAACUGUUUGUUGUUCUAUGAUUGUUGUACAUUUUCUUAGCUGCCACAGAGUUAUAAACUACAUAUACAUAUAGUAAAUAAAUAUCUUUUAAAUCUG